GUGUGUCUCAUCCAUGGAGAAAAUUCGAAAUGUGAUUACGGAGCUCUAAAGUUCGUCCAUUAACGGACACGUAAACAGGACAGCAGUCUUCACGCAUGACGCUGCACAUCCCUUCAUAUAAUCUCCAAUUUUCCAUUUAUUCACUUCUCUCUUCAACAACAACAAGCACAAUGGCUUUCAAAAUCAAGAUCAACCUCAACCUCCAUCUUCUUCUCCUCUUUCUUAUCACCGCUGUCUGUCUCGCUCUCGCUUCCAAAGAUCCUGAACUGAAGCAGUGUAAGCAUCAGUGCAAAGUCCAGCGGCAGUUUGACGAACAGCAGAAACGCGAUUGCGAAAGAAGUUGCGAUGAGUAUUAUAAGAUGAAGAAGGAAAAAGGAAGGAAUUAUGAAAGCGAAGAAGAAGAAGAAGAGGAGGAGGAGGUGGAGAAUCCGUAUGUGUUUGAUGAUGAACAUUUCGUAGGUCAGAUUGAAACAGGGGAAGGGAAAAUUAAGGUUCUUCAGAAAUUCACUCAACGAUCCCAUCUUCUUCGAGGAAUCGAGAAUUUUAGAGUUUCGAUUGUGGAGGCUAAUCCUUCCACUUUCGUUGUUCCUACUCAUUUCGAUGCUGAAAUCAUUUUGUUUGUUGCUCAAGGACGAGGUACAAUAACAGUGAUUAAGGAAAAGAGAGGAAGCUUUGAAUUGAAAUGUGGAGAUGUGUUCAGAAUUCCAUCUGGAGCUCCCUUUUAUUUCAUAAACAAGGACGAACAUCGGAAGCUCAAGAUUGUCAAGCUUCUCCAAUCCACUUCUGUUCCUGGACACUUUCAGACUUUCCAGCCAGCUGGUGGUGAAAACCCAGAAUCAUUCUACACAGCAUUCAGCUGGGACUUGCUUGAAGCAGCCUUCAAGAUUCCAAGAGAUAAGUUGGAGAGAUUUUUCAAACAACAAAAACCAGGGACCAUAAUCAAGGCUUCUAGAGAACAGAUCCGAUCGCUUAGCCGACAUGAAGAAAUCAUCCCCAAGAUCUGGCCCUUCUCAGAAGGUGAAACUGAGCGUCCUUUCAAUCUGCUCAAGCAACAUCCAUGCCAGUCAAAUAAGUUUGGUCGUCUCUUCGAAGCCUAUCCUGAUGAAUUUAGCCAGCUUCGGGACCUUGGUGUCGCAAUCGCCUUUGCCAACAUUACCGAAGGUUCAAUGGUGGCUCCUCACUAUAACUCCAAAUCCAUGAAGAUAGCUGUGGUGCUGGAUGGCCAAGGGGGUUUCCAAAUGGCAUGUCCACAUCUUUCAUCAUCUUCUAGGAGAAGUGGUCGGUGGUCGGAGCGGGAGGAAGAACGGAAAGGGGAGAGGACUUACCAGAAGAUUAGAGGGAGGCUGAGCCGUGGGGUGGUGUUCGUGGUUCCGGCAGGUCAUCCUUUUUCAGUCUUUGCCUCACCUAAUCACAGCCUCCAGAUUGUUUGCUUUGAAGUCAAUGCCUAUGGCAACACCAAGUAUUUUCUAGCAGGAAAAGAGAACAUAGUGAACAAGAUGGAGAGUAUUGCAAGAGAGUUGGGAUUCAACACACCAGGAAGAGAAGUUGAAAGAAUGUUCAAGCAGCAAGAGGAGGAGUUUUUCUUCCCUGGACCAAACCAACAAGAACAUGAAUGGGCUGAUGCCUGAACUGUGAAGUUGUACUUAAAGAGAACCCACCAAAGACCUAGGGACAUAGAAAUGUAAAAAAAAAAGUAAUGUAAAAACACUUAAUCUAGUUAUAGCCUUAGGCUGCAGCUACUCCUCUUGUACAGGCCUUUUGCACAAAUAAAGUGAGCUUCUUUCUGCUAUUGUUCA